AUGGAAACAAUCAGGGAGAUCGUCCGCGAUGCGCCCUUUGGCCAACUCGUCCGUUACGCAACACGUAACCGCUUCUUCAAGUAUCCGGAAGAGUUACCUGGGUUCGAAAUCCCAUCUGCAUAUACUGAGAAGGAGACCAGUGCCACAGCUUCGCAAGAUCAAGUUCACUCGAACCAUUCUGCAACUACCAACAGACAGCCCGGCCCGGCCCCAGCUACCACUACCCCUCUCCAAGCCGACCUCGAAAAGCUUCCCUCCAGAACCGCAGAGGUAGAGAACGCAUCCGAUCGCAACUCAACCUCAACCACCCCGCUCCCGUUGCACGCCCUCCCCUUUAGCCCCUCACGCCUCGAAGCCGAGCUAGCCCUCCAUACCACACACUCACCCAACCACGCCAUCGCCCCCGUCAAAACAGCGGAUGGCCUUAUACUAGCCGAAUGGUACACCACAACCGACCCUGCUAACCCACAGAACUGGCCGCAGGGCAAGAAGACUUGGACGGCGUUUCUGAUCUGCCUGUAUACGUUCAUUGUGUAUGCGGGUAGCUCGAUUUAUGUUAGUAGUACGCUGUUGGUUAUGAGCCGGUUCGGGGUGGGGGCGUUUAGAGCGAGUUUGGGAUUGGCGCUUUAUGUGCUAGGGUAUGGCAUUGGACCGUUGUUGUUCGCGCCGUUGAGUGAAGUACCGCAACUUGGUAGAAACAUACCGUACAUCACCACUUUCGCUCUCUUCACCAUCCUCACUUUACCUACCGCACUGGUAGACAAUCUCGGCGGCCUUCUCUUCCUCCGCUUCCUGCUCGGCUUCUUUGGAAGCCCCUGUCUGGCGAACGGUGGAGCUACAAUGCAAGACUUGUACUCUCUGCUCCACAUACCAUAUGGCCUGGCUUUCUGGACAGCAGCCGCGUUUGCUGGACCAGCUCUCGGGCCUCUUCUAUCUGGAUUUUCCGUCUAUGCGGAGAACUGGCGAUGGUCUCAAUGGGAACUCCUCUGGAUGGCCGCUCCAGUCUUUCUACUAUUCUUCUUCUUCCUCCCAGAAACACAGCCUACGACCAUCCUUCUCCACCGAUCUGCCCGCCUGCGUGCGCUGACCGGCAAUGCAAAUAUUCGUACGCAAACCGAGAUCGAUCGCAAAGGCACCAAGUUUUCCGCCACACUCCUCGAUGCCGUUAUCAAACCUUUGGAAAUCUGCGUGAAAGACCCCGCUCUCUUCUUCAUCAACGUCUACUCCGCGCUGACAUACGGCAUAUACUACUCUUUCUUCGAGGUCUUCCCUUUGGUGUAUUUGGAGAUAUACGGGUUUAGUGUCGGCGAGAUGACGAUCGUGUUCCUAUCGAUCAUCGUGGGGUGCGUUGCUGCUAUGACCAUUUACUUUUCGUAUCUGAGGUUCUACCUCAUACCGGACAUCCUGAAGAGGGGGCUGAGACCUCAAGAGCAUAGACUCGUGCCGGCGAUCUUCGCGAGUUUUGGAGUACCAAUCGGACUGUUCAUCUUUGGCUGGACGGCUCGUCAAUCUGUACAUUGGAUCGCUUCAGCUAUCGGUAUCGUCAUAUAUUCGACUAGCGUGUACAUCAUCUUCCAGGCUGUCUUCUCGUAUGUCCCCAUGUCUUACCCGCAGUACGCUGCAUCCCUAUUCGCAGGCAAUGACUUCUGUCGCUCUGCUUUCGCUUUCGGAUCCGUACUUUUCUCCCGCCCCAUGUAUCUCAAAUUGGGGAUAGGGAAGGGAAUCAGUCUUUUGGGUGGAUUGAGUGUCAUGGGUAUCAUUGGGAUGUAUUUGAUCUGGGUCUAUGGUGCCAGGUUGAGAGCGAGGUCGAAGUUCGCCGUGUAGAAGCCGUCGUAUUGCGAAGAGAACACGCUCAGGUUGCAGGACACGUUGGUGGGACCGUGCGCAUGGAUCGAAUUUCGCUAUCCAUUAGACCUGAGAUAACACACUCGCGAAGACUCUAACAGGAAGAAUCAGUUAACUUUUAUUACA